CAUAUGAUCAAUGCUCCAUUUCAUUCAUUCAUUCUGUCUGUAUUAACUGUAGGGCUUAAAGUAGAAUUUGUUAAAAUUACAGAGAGGGAAUAAUUACAUUAUGAAGGGGUGUAUUUUUAAUAUCGAUGGCGGGUAUUUGGAGGGGCUGUGCCGUGGAUUUAAAUGUGGGAUACUCAAGCAGUCUGACUACUUGAAUUUGGUUCAGUGCGAAACAUUGGAAGAUUUGAAGCUGCAUUUGCAAGGAACUGAUUAUGGAACAUUCCUCGCCAAUGAGCCCAGCCCCCUCUCUGUAUCAACUAUAGAUGACAAACUACGUGAGAAACUUGUCAUUGAAUUCCAACAUCUGAGAAACCACUCUGUUGAGCCCCUUUCUACAUUCCUGGAUUUCAUUACAUACAGUUAUAUGAUCGACAACAUUAUCCUUUUAAUAACUGGAACUCUGCACCAGAGACCUAUAUCAGAGUUGAUUCCUAAAUGUCAUCCUUUGGGUUCCUUUGAGCAGAUGGAAGCUAUCCAUGUUGCUGCUACUCCUGCUGAGCUAUACAAUGCUGUCCUGGUGGACACUCCCCUGGCGCCAUUCUUCGUAGAUUGCAUCAGUGAGCAGGACUUGGAUGAAAUGAACAUUGAAAUCAUCCGUAACACACUGUACAAGGCAUAUUUGGAGGCUUUUUAUGACUUUUGUAAACAGAUUGGAGAUACUACAGCUGAUGUCAUGUGUGAAAUUUUAGCAUUUGAAGCUGAUCGGCGUGCUAUUAUCAUCACUAUUAAUUCCUUUGGAACUGAACUGUCCAAAGAUGACCGUGCCAAACUGUAUCCUCGUUGUGGCAAACUGAAUCCUGAUGGAUUGGCUGCCCUUGCACGUGCUGAUGAUUAUGAGCAAGUGAAAGCAGUAGCAGAGUAUUACGCAGAAUAUGCAGUCCUGUUUGAAGGAGCUGGUAACAAUGUGGGAGACAAAACCUUGGAAGACAAGUUUUUUGAACAUGAGGUGAAACUCAAUGUUAAUGCUUUCAUGCAACAAUUCCACUUUGGAGUUUUCUACUCCUACCUGAAGUUGAAAGAGCAGGAAUGCCGAAACAUUGUAUGGAUAAGUGAGUGUGUGGCUCAAAAGCACCGAGCUAAGAUUGAUAACUACAUUCCAAUAUUCUAAAAUGUUUGUAAUCAAUCACUUUAUCAUUAUGUAAAUACUUUAUAAUAAAAAAAUAGUAAAUGACAAGGAUUAGACUUUAAAAACCAUUCAUUUUAUUCAACUAUGUUGUAAUGUAGAUUUCAAUUUGAAAUGUUAACCUUAAAUUAAAAAAAAAAUCAUAUGAAAUUAUAUCUGCUUGAUGUCAAUAAAGAUACAAACUGUUAUUUAUUUACAUAUAUUACAUAAUAAGUGUUGAAUGCAAUCCCUUGUUUUAAUUAAAGAUUCAGAGAUAUCUCUGUAGCCUACAUAAUAAUAUAUUCAAAGUAAAAACAAUAAAGCUUCAAUUUAAAUUAUAUUUUUACUUUAGUUGUGUUUUGACAAUUAUAAAUAUAGGUGUAUCUCCAGUAUAAUCAAAGGAAACAUCUGUAAAAGUAUUAAAACAAAUUAGUAGUAUAUGCAAUAUAAAAUUAUUUAAUGUUAUAAGUAUAUGAAGACAACCACUACUAUUAAUAUCCCAUGUAUUGUUAGUUCUAAAAUAAACAUUAUAGAUUCAUAAUGUAUUUAUUAUUCAAUAAAAUAAUCUGUUUAA